UGCACUUGAAGGCAUCAAUACAGCCACCCUCCCCGCGCCACCGCAGACAGAGCCGCUACCUGCCGGGCGGAAUGGACGUGCUCUCCACGGAUACCCAUUUCUCUAUUUGUGCAGCGGGGCCGCGGGAGAAGCCAGGCCCAACAUGACAGCCCUGGGACUGGGGAAGAAAGCCCGCCCACGGUCGUGGUUGAGCGUCCGGCCCGAAGCGGGACGGGACGUGGGUCGCUACGCCGUACUGACCGCCCUGUGCGCUCUGUGCUACAGCAACUCUCUCCGGGGGGAGUUGGUACACGACGAUGUGUGGGCUAUCAUCAACAAUCCGGACGUCCGACCAGGCUCCAGCCUUGGAAACAUCUUCAGCAACGACUUCUGGGGGAAAAGGAUGGCAGACAAUACGAGCCACAAGUCCUACAGACCGCUAUGCAUCCUCACAUUCAAGUUGAACAUCCUGCUGGGUGGCAUGACUCCUCUCUAUUUCCACAUCAUAAAUGUGUGUUUGCACUGCGCAGUAACCUGCCUUCUCAUGUACACCUGUGAACGCUUUGUGUUUGAAGACUCACGUCUGGCAUUUGUCACAGCACUCCUCUUCGCUGUGCAUCCCGUCCACACCGAGGCCGUGUCUGGGAUUGUGGGAAGGGCAGAUGUCUUUGCAUGUCUGCUGUUCCUGCUGACGUUCCUUUCCUACAUCAGGAGUGUGGGUGUGUGUGUCUCUGAGGACUCUGCACCCUCCACGCUGUCAGCGGGCUCUUUGCUCGUCACUUUGUUCCUGGGCACCUGUGCCAUGCUGGUGAAGGAGACCGGCAUCACUGUGUUCGGAGUGUGCAUGCUCUACGACGCCCUGGUGCUGUGCCGCAAACCUCUUUUUAAUAACCUGACUGCCUCCAGAUUCAGGACCCUCCACCACAUCUGCAGCCCCUUCUUCAAACGAGCCUGCCUUAUCUCUGGCUAUGUGUUGAUCAUCAUGUCGGUCCGACUGUGGCUGAUGGGAGGAUCCAUGCCCCUCUUCUCUGAACAGGACAACCCUGCUUCCUUCUCGCCACACCUGCUUACCAGGAUUUUGACCUAUUCUUACCUGCUGUCCUUCAAUGCGGCACUGCUGCUGGCCCCCAUCACUCUGUGUUACGACUGGCAGGUGGGCAGCAUCCCCCUGGUGGAGUCGCUGGGCGACAUGCGCGUUGUGGCCACAGCGCUGCUGCUCGUGGGGAUGGCUACUCUCACCCUGCACUGCUCCUUCUCACUGCAGAGAAAGGAUAGCAGGCAGGUGUUGGUUGGAAUGUUGUUUUUGGUAUUCCCCUUCAUUCCUGCCAGUAACCUUUUCUUCAGGGUGGGGUUUGUCGUGGCUGAGAGGGUUCUCUACAUGCCAAGUAUGGGUUAUUGCAUCCUGGUGGCUCAUGGCCUAGGUCGGCUGUGUUCGUUGCUGGGCCGUUGGGGCACAACAGUCCUCAGUGUCUCCAUGCUGCUGCUCCUACUGCUCUUCUCCUGGAAGACUGUCCAGCAGAACCACGUAUGGCUCUCCAGGGAGGCACUGUUCCUCUCUGGUAUCCAGACCCUGCCACACAAUGCCAAAGUCCACUACAACUACGCCAACUUCCUUAAAGACAGCGGCCAGCACCAGCAGGCCAUUCACCACUACGCUACUGCUCUCAGAUUAUUCCCACGCCAUGCCAGUGCCAUGAAUAAUCUCGGGACACUGACCCACGACCCAGAGGAGGCUGAGCGCUACUACAGGAAGGCCCUGGAAACCAACCCCCAGCAUAACAGAGCGCUCUUUAACCUGGGAAACCUCCUUAAGUCCCAGGGGAAGGACAAAGAGGCUGAGACUAUGCUAAAGCACUCCGUGCAACAUGGUCAACAUUUUGCUGAUGCUUACUCCAGCCUAGCAUCACUCUAUGCUGAGCAGAAACGUUUUGCUGAAGCCAGUGACGUGUACCUGAAAGGAAUAGAGAACUGUCCGGACAGCUCCGACCUGCAUAAUAACUAUGGAGUAUUUUUGGUGGAUUUGGGAGAGGGAGAGUUGGCAGCCGCUCACUACCAGCAAGCCGUUAGGCUCAAACCAACACACUACGUUGCCAUGGUGAACCUUGGCCGCCUGCUCCGUUCAUCCAAUGAGAACACAGAAGCUGAAUCUUGGUAUAAGAGAGCGCUGCUGGUGACGAAAAAGGUGGAGAUCUUGACUCCGCUUGGAGCUCUGUAUUACAACACGGGGCGGUACCAGGAAGCCCUGCAGGUUUACACAGAUGCCACUGCCCUGCAGCCAGACAACACCGACAUUUGGCUGGCUCUGGCCCAGGUCUUGGCCAUGGCCAGUCGUACCAAGGAGGCAAAGAAGAUGACGCUGGACAUCAUAUCCAGAGAAGCCAGCUGUAUCGAAUGUUACCGUCUGUUGUCGGCCAUCUACAGCAAGCACGGAAACCACACAGAGGCACUGGAUGCUCUGGACAAGGCCUUGCAGCAGAGUCCCUCUGAUCUGACAGUGAGAGCAGAGCUGUACUUCUCCAAAGGAAACCAGCUCCGAGAGAUGAACCAGCUGGACCAAGCCUUUGAGAGCUACAAGCAAGCUGUUGAACUCAAACCUGACCAGUCCCAAGCCUGGAUGAACAUGGGAGGGAUUCAGCACAUUAAGGGAGACUAUGCAGCAGCCAGGAUGUACUACCGAAGAGCCCUGCUUCUGAGCCCUGGCUCCAAACUUCUGGAAGAAAAUUUGGCUAAACUGGACCGACUGGAGAGAAGACCGACAGAGGGAGCGUAGACAACCACGGUUCUCCAGACACUAUACCAUCAUAGCCACAGAUGAGGGAAGCAGGACACAGCCCUUGGGGGCUCAAACACCAGCGCUCAAGUAGCUGGAUGAGACAGACCUGACCUACCUACUAAGAACCCUAGCCUUGGUAAGACCAGAGGAAUAGGAUGAACUUUUCAGAACUGCAGUGUUUGUCAGGGUGUGGUGUCAAAGACUGGUUGAGCUUCAGUCCAGACACCUUUAAUGGAGAAGGGAUUGAUUAAUCUCAAUCAAGGGAUUGCACAUAUGCUUUUUACAUUUAUGUUCGAUUAAUGUAUCAAUUUGUUCCAUGUGAAGGCUUUUCAUUUAUGUAACUUCCUAUGUGAGAAUUGCUCAUGUGUGUGGGUGUGUGGUACUUAUUAUUAUUAUUAUUAUUAUUAUUAUUAUGAAGUAAAUGAGCAUGGCAACAGUAUGUGUAAAAAAUAAUCCAAGCUCAAGUAUCAUCGGUCAGCAUUGACCAAGAAGGAGUCAAAGUCACUGACCAGGAUUCAGUUUCACGGCCUCAGGCAUCCAUAUCCAACACCCAACCAUAGGUUGGACAUUGACGAGGACAGUCAUUGCUUUGACACUCCCCAGUAGGUUUGGGGAGCUGCUUUGAAGAUGCAGCUUGUGAUGAUAUGGUAUAAUAUUCAUUAAAGGAAGUGUUGCAUGCCUUUUUAAAAUGGCUGUGCAUCCAAUAUGCUACCACAAAAAAGCUAUUGCCAUUGGUCCAGCUGAACUACAAAACCAGUCUUCUGACAAAUAAAAAGUAGUGGUGUUUCUUUUUCACAAGGGAUCUGACACCAACUUGCAGUAAGUUUAGUUUUCUAUAGUUGGUAAUCUUGAGAAAUUAAACAAGGUACUCUUGAUCAUCCUUGAUGGUUGAUCCUUCAAAAAAAACAUCCAACCAAAAAACUGGCCAAUGUUGUCAACGUCUUUUCGAAGAAAUUUGAGAGCAGCACUAGCUCCAAUACGUGCUUAAAAUAGCAAUAAAGUCUCCCAUGUUGGCAGCAAUGACAGCAUGUCCCUUCAGCCCUCUCUCCAAGGCCAGUCCCCAACAGUUUUAAUAGUACACAGAAACCGCAAACAUAAGUACCAAUUGUUAGUACUCACAGCUUUCCAGCUAGCAUUUUGUAGAACACUGAUGUAAAAGGAUUGUGUUUGUGUGCCGGCAGGUAAGCAGACAGUGAGACGGGCAGGUCAUCCACAGAAUAAAAUACUAAUCAAACGGCUCAUUACAGUCCUACAACAGCUGCAGUUUUUUUUUCAGACCGUUUUAUUCAUUGAUAAACAUAGGGCCAGCAUGACAAUUUCAACUUGUAUAGCAAGCAUGUUUUUAAAGAAGCUAACCAACACUAGCUUUGAUUAACUACAGUUGAUACAAUUUGCUGAAUCCGAGAUUUGCAAAUCUGGGAUUGUACAAUAAAUGUAAGAUUUAUAACAAAUUACUUUUCUUUAGACAUUAACUCUGUUUAUCUGACCUCAGUUUCCAGGUGCAACAUCCUAAGAUUUGAUUGUGAGGCUUCUACAAGUAUAAGCUAGUUUAUGUACUCCUGACCCCGGCUUCAUAUGUACCAUAACCUCUGAAGAUUGCUUUUUAGUUUCUUGUGGUUUUGUUGACCGUUAUGUUUAUUACGUUACAUUACAUGUCAUUUAGCUGACGCUUUUAUCCAAAGCGACUUACAAUAAGUGCAUUUAACCAUGGGGAUACAAACUCAGAAGAACAAUGUGUUGUGAAUGUGUUGUUGUGGAAUGACUGGAAAUUAAGUGAAUGAGUGACAUGCACCAAGAAAAUACAAUAUAUGCUUUAUUAAAUGGUGUUUGAAGUUAUUACUAAUCAGAUUACAAAUGUUUAUGUAUACGACUUGAUUGACUAUGGUUAUCCAUAAGACCCACUAUUUAGAUCCACAUAGCUAUUGUGGAUUGAAAUGUCCAGUACUUGAAUGAAGACACAGGACAUUUUUUGGGACAGACUUUGGAGGUCUGGGCUGCCUCCUUUACAAAUGGAAGUUAGUUAUUAACUAACCAUUUGUCCAUUCCCAAAAACAAUCAUGACCAACAAACGUAGAUCAUACAAGUAACCGUUGCCGUAACGUAUAAAUGCUUAGGUGUUGCCAUGUAGUAAUUGGUUCUGUGACAAUCCCUUGGUUUUCCUUUUGCUUUCUUUCAUAUACAUUCCAACCUCGUAAUAAAGUAAUACUUUUAACCUG